CAAUCCUCUCUCUUCUCAUUCAUGCACGGCCCUCGUCUCCUCACUCCCUUCCUUGGCUUCUGACAACCCUCCAUUCCAGUUUAAUCCUUACGCCAUUUUUUUUUCUUCUUUUUAUUUAUUCCAAGAACAGCGGCUUCUUUUUUCCCUUAAAACAACGAACUCCUCGCUUUUUCCCUCCUGCAAAAUGGCGUUCCACGCUUUUACAUGAUUUUCCCCAUUUGGAACCGAAAAGAACUGGAGGGGAAUGGAAGACAUACGGGGGCUGUUCUGUGGAGAUUAUGGCUGUUCCAGUGGUACUGAGAAACCAUGCGGUUCUUUUGCUUGUAGUUAUGGUUUUCUUUCUCAUUCCUCUCCAUGUCUCAGUCAAGCCCUGAUCCUCUGUUUUGAUCUUCUACUCUUGAUCUUGGUUGUAUCUAACGUUUUGGGGAAGUCAAUGCCUAGAGUUCACAUGUCGAAUCGAUUUCGUAGCCACACAGCUCUUCAGAUCAUCUCUGUUGUCUUCAAUGGCUUUGUUGGAUUGGUGUACCUUGGCUUGGGCAUUUGGACUUUGGAGGAGAAGUUGAGGAAAGAUCACACUGCUUUGCCAUUGCAGGUUUGGUUAUCAGCUUCCUUCCAUGGCUUCACAUGGUUAUUGGUCAGCUCUAUCAUUAGCUUAUGGACUAAACAGCUUCCAAGAACCUUGUUGCGCCUAUUGUCCAUUGUUGUGAUCGUCUUUGCUGGGAUUAUUUGUGUCCUAUCUGUUACCGAUGCCAUUUCGAGCAAAAUGGUAUCAGCCAUGAUCGUUUUAGAUGUUCUAUCUGUUCCGGGAUCGGUUCUUUUGUUGCUUUGCUCUUUCAGUUGUUUCAGCCACGAAGAGAGUGAGGACAGUAUCAAUGGGACUGGAGUUUACACCCCAUUAAAUGGCGAGGCCAGUGAAAGUGGUAAGUUUGAUCCUGUUACUCCAUUAGCCAAAGCUGGAUUGUUGAGUAAAGCUUCGUUUUGGUGGAUGAAUCCUUUAAUGAAAAAGGGAAAGAAGAAGCCUCUUGAAAAUGAAGAUAUACCAAAGAUGCGCGAGGGAGAUCAAGCGGAAAGUUGUUACUUGCAGUUCAUAAACCAUAUGAACGAGCAGAAGAAAAACGAUCCAAGUUCCCAGCCAUCAAUCUUUAAAGUCAUCGUAUCAUGCCAUUGGAGGAAUAUAUUAUUGUCUGGAAUUUUCGCUUUGUUGAAGAUACUCUUUGUCUCUGCUGGUCCUCUGCUUCUCAAUGCCUUCAUUCUAGUUGCUCAGGGACAACAAAGUUUCAAAUACGAAGGCCUUGUACUUGCCCUUUCACUUUUCUUUUCGAAAAGCAUUGAAUCCAUAUCACAACGGCAAUGGUACUUCAGAAGCAGGCUUGUUGGUCUUAAAGUCAGGUCCUUGCUCUCAGCAGCCAUUUAUAAAAAGCAAUUGCGAUUGUCCAAUGAAGCUAAAUUGAUUCACUCAAGUGGUGAAAUCAUGAACUAUGUCACGGUAGAUGCGUAUAGGAUUGGAGAGUUCUCAUACUGGUUCCACCAAUCUUGGACCACGAGUCUUCAGCUAUGUAUUGCACUUCUGAUCCUCUACAAAGCAGUGGGAAUAGCAACCAUUGCCGCUUUUGUGGUAAUACUUCUAUGUGUAUUUGGCAAUACUCCUAUUGCCAAGCUACAACAUAAGUUUCAGAGCAAAUUGAUGGCAGCACAAGAUAAGAGACUAAAGACGUUCACAGAGGCUCUUGUAAACAUGAAGGUUCUCAAGUUAUAUGCAUGGGAAACCCAUUUCAAGAAUGUAAUUGAGAAGUUAAGAAAUGAGGAGCACAAGUGGUUGACAGCCGUGCAAUAUCGAAAGGGAUAUAAUGGCAUUCUCUUUUGGUCAUCUCCUGUUCUCGUUUCAGUUGCAACCUUUGGGACAUGUCAUUUUUUGAACAUUCCACUGCACGCCAAUAAUGUUUUCACUUUUGUAUCUACAUUGCGUCUUGUUCAAGAUCCUGUUAGAUCUAUGGCUGAUGUCAUAGCGGCGAUCAUUCAAGCAAGGGUUUCAUUUACACGUAUCGUUAACUUUUUGGAGGCACCAGAGCUGCAAAGCUCAAGUGUUUGUAGAAAGCAUGUGAAUGUGAGUGAUAACUGCUCCAUUCGGAUAAGUUCAGCAUCUUUCUCAUGGGAAGAGAAUUUGUCGAAGCCUACUCUUCGAAAUAUUAAUCUUGAGGUUAAGCCAGGUUCAAAGUUUGCUAUAUGUGGAGAAGUUGGCUCAGGAAAAUCAACACUUCUAGCAGCCAUUCUUGGUGAAAUUCCAAAUGUUGAGGGAAAUAUUCAAGUUUAUGGAAAGAUUGCGUAUGUGUCUCAAACAGCAUGGAUCCAAACAGGGUCCAUACGAGAUAACAUUUUAUUUGGCUCUGAAAUGGAUGAUUCGAGAUAUCGAGAAACACUCGAGAAGUGUUCAUUGCUGAAGGACCUUGAGUUGCUUCCUUAUGGUGAUCUCACUGAGAUUGGGGAAAGAGGAGUGAAUCUCAGUGGUGGGCAAAAGCAGAGGAUUCAACUAGCCCGUGCGCUGUAUCAAAAUGCUGAUAUAUAUCUUCUGGACGAUCCGUUCAGUGCUGUGGAUGCACAUACUGCUACAAGUUUGUUCAAUGGAUAUGUUAUGGAAGCACUCUCGGGAAAAACUGUUCUUCUCGUGACUCAUCAAGUUGAUUUCCUGCCUGAUUUUGACUCUGUUCUGCUGAUGUCAGAUGGGGAGAUUAUAGAAGCAGCUCCUUACCAUCAGUUGUUGGCACAUAGCAAAGAAUUUCAGGACCUUGUCAAUGCACACAAAGAGACUGCUGGUGCUGAAAGGCUUGCAGAUUUAUCUGCUACCAAGAGUACGAGGACAUCUGGUAGAGAGAUCAAGCAAUCUUAUACGGAGAAACAAUCUGUAACAUCCGAAGCUAAUCAGUUAAUUAAGCAGGAGGAGCGAGAAGUUGGAGACUCGGGAUUCAAGCCUUAUAUUCAGUAUCUCAAUCAGAACAAAGGGUUCUUUUACUACUCCUUAGACAUUCUCUCCCAAUUAGCAUUUGUGGGAUGUGGUGUAGCACAAAACUCUUGGAUGGCUUCUAAUGUCGACAAUCCCGCCGUUAGCAACUCCCACUUGAUCUUAGUUUACUUGUUGAUUGGAGUUGCUUCAACACUAUUCUUGGUUUCUAGAUCUCUUUUCACAGUUCUUUUAGGUCUCCAAUCAUCGAAAUCAUUAUUUUCUCAGCUACUAACGUCUCUUUUUCGCGCUCCGAUGGCUUUCUAUGACUCCACACCUCUUGGAAGGAUACUUAGUCGGGUCUCAAUGGAUCUCAGUAUUGUGGAUCUUGAUGUCCCAUUCAGUUUAAUAUUUGCUAUUGGCGCAACCUCUAAUACCUAUGCAGCGCUCGGAGUUUUAGCUGUAAUCACAUGGCAAGUUCUAUUCAUCUCCAUACCGAUGGUCAUUUUGGCAAUUUGCUUGCAGAGAUACUACUUUGCUUCAGCGAAAGAACUCAUGCGUCUUAAUGGGACGACAAAGUCGAUGGUAGCAAACCAUUUGUCCGAAUCCAUAGCUGGAGCAAUGACAAUAAGAGCUUUUGAAGAGGAGGAGCGUUUCUUCCAAAAAAAUCUUGAAUUCAUUGAUGGAAAUGCCAGUCCUUUCUUUCACAAUUUUUCGGCCAACGAGUGGUUGAUACAGCGGUUAGAAAUGCUCAGUGCAGUGGUACUUGCUUCCGCUGCAUUAUGCAUGGUAUUGCUACCAACUGGAAGCUUCAACCCCGGUUUCAUUGGCAUGGCAAUCUCUUAUGGCCUUUCUUUAAACGUGUCUCUGGUCUUUUCCAUCCAGAAUCAAUGUACUGUAGCCAAUCACAUCAUUUCUGUAGAAAGAUUAAACCAAUACAUGCAUUUACCAAGUGAAGCUCCCGAAAUCAUCAAAGAGAACCGCCCACCAACCAACUGGCCCUCGAUCGGCAAAGUGGAGAUAGUCGACUUGAAGAUAAGAUACAGACCCAACACACCCCUUGUUCUUCAUGGUAUAAGCUGCACAUUUGAAGGAGGACAUAAGAUUGGUAUUGUUGGUCGCACUGGCAGUGGAAAGUCUACUCUUUUAAGUGCAAUAUUCCGCUUAGUCGAGCCAGCUGGAGGAAAGAUUAUCGUCGAUGGUAUUGAUAUCUGCUCAAUUGGACUUCAUGAUCUGCGCUCGCGUUUUGGAAUUAUACCUCAAGAUCCAACUCUUUUUAAAGGAACUGUUAGAUACAACUUAGAUCCCAUAGCUCAGCAUACUGAUGAUGAAAUAUGGGAGGUACUCGGUAAGUGUCAACUUAGAGAGGCUGUUGAAGAGAAAGAAGCGGGAUUGGAUUCCUUGGUUGUGGAAGAUGGUUCGAACUGGAGCAUGGGACAGCGCCAGCUUUUCUGUUUAGGUCGUGCGCUUUUGAGGAGAAGUCGGAUAUUGGUGCUCGAUGAAGCAACUGCAUCAAUAGACAAUGCCACGGAUAUGAUUCUGCAAAAGACUAUUCGAACCGAAUUUGCAGACUGUACUGUGAUUACAGUUGCUCACAGAAUACCAACUGUUAUGGAUUGCACAAUGGUGCUUGCUAUAAGUGAUGGGAAAAUAGCAGAAUAUGACGAACCUACAGCGUUGAUCAAGAGAGAAGGUUCUCUAUUUGGAAAACUUGUGAAGGAGUACUGGUCUCACUCACAGUCUGACUCUGUAGAAUGAUUUUGAAUCCGACACUGUAUUGUCCACAAGCUUCUUUUGCUUUCUCGCAAGUUAAAGAAGAUGUAGGUGCAUCACCCUAGAUGAAAGAUUGAGGGAGUGGAUUUUGAAGACAUAUUUGUACUGGUGCAGCCUACGGCUUCAUUCAGAAAUAUGGCCAUUUCUCCAUGAGAAAAGCCGAACUGCAACCAUGUUUUGUAAUAGAAAGAUGUGUCCAACUCCUAAUUUCUCACCUAUUAGAUUUACAUCAUUGAUUGAAUUGUCUGUAAAGUA